GUCGCUCGCAACAAUCUUUCUUGACACCACCACCCACGGAGGUGCAGAGUCACCCCCCACUGGGACGCACUCCCUCUCUAAUCUCAUAUCUCGACCCGGAAGAGCAGCCAAGUGGGCUGCUAAUGAACAGCAUGCCGGGGCAGUACCACCGUCUGGAUGCCAGUCCGGAGACGCCUUCCCCGCAGCAGCGGUACACGUCGCCACCCGCGACCACGUCUGCGCACGCAGAUGAGUACGCUGUCACGUUCGCCGACGCACACCAGAUGCUGUAUGCUCUUGAGGCGCAGCAUGCGCAAAGGGAACAAGAGCGCGACCGAAGAGACCAGGAACGCGACAGAAAAGAGAUGGAGUUGUCGGAGCAGCUCGCCGCUGCCAAAGCGAAUGCGUACGCGAUAGGUCAGCGGCUCGUCGCGGAAAGCAAGGAGAAGGAACGGCUCGAGCGCGCGUUCCACGCGCUUCGAAACCAAAUCGCCGAGCACGAGCGCGCGCUCGCAGACUGCAUGCGGCAGUUCACAUGGAGCGAGGCCCGGCGCGAGGAGCAGAUGCUCGAGUGCCACGAGGCGCGCGGGGAAGUCGCGUACCUGCGCCGGCGCACGGCCGCGCUGAGCAGCCAAGUCGUGCGCAUCGUCGAGGCGAACGCGGGGGUGCUGACGUUCGCGAACACGCGCGUCGCGGAGCUCACCGCGGAGGUUGUCGACGGCCUCGACUCGCUCGAUAUGCUCAAGGUGGCCACACUGCACCUCGCACAGUGGGUCAGCGCGAACGUGGAGCAGUUCGCGCAGGAUUUGGGGGGCCAGUGGCCUGCUGCUCGGUAGAGCCAAGUCGUCGCCUGUGCCUUGCUCUUAUACUCACUUAAUCUGUACUGGUAGCCAUUGUAUUAGAUACUGCAUAUCGUGUUGUUUGACCUUGCACAGUGGUAGUAGAAUAGUCAUCUGAAUUAAUAAGCGCCAACG